AUGACGCCGAAAAAACCCGAAGGACCCAAUUCACCAUUUAUUUUAUUAGAGGCUUUAAAAUAUACACCAUUAGUUUCGUCUAUACCUCUUAGCAACGGUACUGAAAAUGCAGUUCCUCCAAGGUCGGUAGCAAGCAAUACACCUUUAUGCAUGUCCCCAGAAGAAAAUGGAUUAAUGCAGCGAUACUUAGAUCUUUUGGAGCCAAACAUGCAAGAUGUGUCUGACGUGCAACAGCUUCAAUUUUAUAAAGACGCGCUCGCUCCCAUGCUGGAAAAUGUUCCCAUGCCUAGCAUACGCAUUCCUACAUCUAAGCAACCCAAUGACGAUUCAUCUACUUUUCCAACUUCUUUGUUGAACCCUUUAACAGAGUCCUUACUGCAGCCUUCUGAGGUUGAAUUUGUUCCCACAGAUGUUAACUUAAGUGCAUCUUCAUCUUUCACUGACUCAACUUCUGCAUCUGUAAGUCCUUUUGUUUCCAAUAAGGAUGCUCUCAGAAACUCAGAGGUUCCUCGAAGUCCCUCGACAGCUCGAAUUCUUAGAGCUGUUGAAUUUAAAAGCCCUAGUCGAGCAUUUUCACUUACAUCUACACCUAAAAAACGUCAGAUCUCAGAAAGUGGAAGCGUCCCUAGUACUCCUUCUUCGAAAAUUCAAAGGCUUCAGGAUGUUAUAGAGAAGCAAGUGCGUGAUACCCAGUUGGUUUUGGAUGGCAUCCUACAUACGGACUCAAAAACCUCUGAAUGUUAUGUAUCCUUCACAGGAUCCAACGUUAAAAUAUUAUCUGCGGAAUGUAUUGAGAGGAUAUCUAUUUCCUUGGCAAAGUUGAGCUCAUUAGGGGAUUGUAAUAAAUUACUCAAAGAAGAAGAUGCCAUUUCUCUUAAAAUGAUCUUGGAAUCGAGUCUGAAAAGUUUGGACUCUGUAAACGAUUCUGUUGAGGAUGCCGAUGAUGAUCUAAUAUAUUCCAAAGUUGAUUAUUUAUUAAAAAAUAUAUCUCUCAUAUUCCAAGAACUCUAUACGCUGCCUUCAUUUAAAAAGCUGCAAAACGAGGAAUCCUUUUUAUUUAUCCUUGAUACCCUUCAUUCCUUAAUUGAGUAUUUUUACUUAAAGACAAUGACUAGCGUUGAUAUGGGCAUAAUUGAAGGCUUCGAGGAAUCUAAUUAUCGUUCAUUUUUAUCCCUUACCCAAAAGAUUGCUCAUGCAUUUACUCUAUUGUCCAAAAUUGUACAUACUAUUCCUUUGUCUGAAGCUGUUGUUAUCAAAAUUGUCUUUCUGUCCAUGAAAACGAUUACAGUGGAUUCUACAAUGAAAGAAAAACCAUCUUUAAUUCAAAAUCUUCCAUUGGACAUUCUUAAAGUUCCCCUGUUUGAUACGCUUCAGUUCAUUUUCAACUUAUACCCUGCUCAGCGUGAAUUUGUGCUGCAAGAAGUACUUGCUAACUUUGCUCUGUUACCUACUGCUCGAUCAACUUCUAGAACCUAUAAACUGUCAAAUGGAAAAUCAGUUCAGUUGUAUUCCACUUUACUGGUUCGAUUGCUUCAGGCAUGUACUGUAAGGCAUCUUCCAGAGGAUUCAUCGUUCACGACCGAUGACCCCGCAAAGGAUUUAGUCAACUCUGAGAGUUGUCAAUCCCAUCUGAGAUCUGUUGAUGCUUCACUCUCUAAAUCGAGACAUGAAGAGUAUAGAGUCGCAAACCAUAUCGUUGGUUAUUUACUUGAAAGGUCGUUAAGGCAAACGAGAUCUGAUAUAAAUAAUUCAUUUGUAACAUUGACAAGAAUUAUGCUAGAAGAUUUGCUUAACAUGCUUACUGUACCCGAGUGGGUUGGCACAGAAACCCUAGUUAGACAGUUCGCAUUGAAUCUUAUUAUGAUGAUAGUGAAAGAAAAGAACUCUGUUACCACAAAGAACACCGCUCUAGAUUUUUUCAGUGUCAUUGUAAAUAAACUGUUGACAACAUUCGAUAUAUCUCUAUUCGAAAAAUAUGACCUGCCGGUACCUUCGAAUUUUAAUGAUCCAAAUUGUUUCUUAAGCGGCGUACCUCGUUAUGAAGGCAUUACUUCGACUUGUCUGGCGUAUCUCAACACUUUGUGCGGCAAGGACGAUUCUCUUGAGAAUAUUGUUCCGUAUACGCUGAAUCAAUGGAUCUCUUUUCUCUUUCAGAUUAGAAAGGCUUCAAGUGACCCAGAAUCCAAUUACCUCAUUGACAAAGUUCUUUUGAAAAGCUCAAACUUGAACAUGGAUUCCAUUAUGGAUUCAAACGUUUACACAGACCAUGAGAUUAUUCAUGAUUAUUUUGUUCUUUCUUUAUAUCGUUCUUCUUUAUACUUGAACUUGAAAUUUUUUGUAUCACUAAUUAUUGGAUUUCUUGACAGCCCCCAAACUAGUUUACGAACGAAGAGUUUAAGGAUCAUCAGCCAAAUGAAGUCUAUUCCAGCUAUACUUCAUGCACACCCAGAAGUUUUAUCUCAGGUAAUUUCUAAGGUAGCUGAUCCGUCCGCUUUUGUUCGAGAUACUGUCUUGGAUUUGUUGAGUACAUACAUGAUGGACUUCAAAGAAACCGUUAACCAGCUAUACGUAUUUGUCGCAGCUGGGGUGUCCGAUAGCUCUGUAAGUGUUCGGAAGCGCGCAAUAAAACAACUUGCAGAUAUAUACGAAGUUACUAGUAGUAUAAACAUUCGAUGUGAUAUUUGCAUAAAGUUACUAUCGAGGAUGAAUGAUGAGGAAGAGAAUAUUACCGAAUUAAGUCUUCACACCCUCGACUCCUUGUGGUUUAAUAACGCUUACUUAUCUAUUGAUCCUUAUAAAAAAUAUGAUGAGUUGAGCUUUCUGGAAAAGCAAAAAAUAAAAGUUCACUACCGCUCAUUACUAAAGCUUUCUUCAGAUCCGACACCCGCAUUGCAUGUUUCUCUGGUAACGACAUUAAAGAAAAUGCUUACGUCAAAAGAAAACGAACUAAGCAAAGACUUUUGCUCACGCAUUUGUUUCCUCCUUUCCUUUUUAUUUACCUUAUUAAUCGAGGUAGCAACGGAGGACGAGGGUGAUAGUUUUGAAGUGGGACUUUUACAUGAAACAAUGAGUACUCUUUUUGUUCUUUCUCGUUCUUUUCCUUUUCUAUUUCAUUACUCGCAACUACAAGUUCUCAAACCAUAUUUGAAAUCGGCUUCAACCAUUGAAGAGCAACGGUUAUUAUACUACGUUGUAGCCAUUUUUCGACAAGUUCUACCUCGUCAAAAAGAUAUUCCAGAAGUGUUUUUGCGUAAUCUCGAAGCUACCAUGUUUCAAAGACUUACCAAGGCAGGAUCUGCCACAUUAAAAGAAAUGAUACCUUGCUUAUGUUAUCUAUUGAGUCACCUAAAUGAUGAUCAAAGGCUUUAUAAAAUUAUAGGUUCUUGUAUAAGAACACUUGAAGAAACGAGAAAGAAUGAUUUUUCUUCAUUGAAGGCCUUUCGUUUAAUAGAACUUAUCGGACUAUUUGCUAGGUUUGGAAAACUUGAAAAAGUAGAAGCCGAUUGGACAGGAAUUUUUCCUUCCAGUAAAGGCGAGAGCAGCAAUGUUUAUGCGCUAUUGCUUGAUUAUAUGGAUCAACUUCUUGCAUCGUCUAGUGAUGAGUUGCGUAUACAUGUAAUUGAAAACAUGACAAAUGUUGCCUUAGCCCAACCCACGUUGUUUACUUCUCCAAAAUUGCUAAACAUUUUAGACAAAAUUUUUGAAGAAAACAGUGUUGAUUGUGUCUCAGUUAUUUUUAGAUCAUUCUUGGAACUUUUAGCAGCUGAUGAGGAUCUCAUUACAGAAGCCGAUGAAAAACUGGAAAGUAGAAACCAAAAAAAUCCUAAGCGCGAACAGGUGAAUGUAGACAUGCUUAAAGGUUUUACAGAAAAACAAUGGACCGAAGGCGUGAGUGCUUGUUUAAUGCAAAAAUAUUUAUCAAAUAUCUUGGAUUCUUGCUUUUCAAAGGAAUUAAGUUUUGCUCUUCUCGCUUUGGAGAUAUUACAACAUAUUAUUCACCAAGGACUUGCGAAUCCCAGAUUGUGUUUUCCAGUUAUUGUCGCCUUGGAAGCUACUGAAGUUAAAGAGGUAAAACAGGUGGUUAUCAACUUACAUACAGAGUUGCUUCAAAAACACGAGUCCCUAGUUGAUGGAUUGUAUGCGCAAGCAGCAAGUUUAAUGUUUUCUUCCAAAAGUUUCCCAGAAAAUUAUGUUUGUACUAUCGAGGAUACUUCCGCAUUUCAAGACAUGUAUAACGUUGUACUAUCAACGAAAAACACUAGAUCAAGAAGGAAAUUUAUAAUGCAAAUGCUGAAACUUUUAGAACAUGAAAAUGGAAAUUUAGCUAAUAUCUCACACGAAAAGAUUCUGUUUUUUAAUUUCUGUUGUUCGGCAAUGGGUGGAAUUAAAUACUUGAGCCUUGACGAGCCGUUAAUGAUUCUUCAAGUUAUUGAUACCGUAUUAGCAACGAUUGGACCAACCAUUACUGAAUGGAUGAAGGGACAUUUUGAAGAGCAAUACAAAUAUUUUUCAGGAGUCCUACUUUGCAAUUUCAUCCACCUAAAACGAUACCUGAAGUCUGUUUAUACUAUAACAGAUGAAAAGGUACACAACUUUGAUGCUAGCAAAACGUUCCGAGAUAAGAAGGUUCCACUCAGAAACAACGGUCUUAAGACCGAGUUAUUACAUCCAGACAGCAAGAGAGAGGAUGUAGCAAAUAUGUGUAUCCAAAUGUUUGAAGAUGAGAAUAUAUCAACUGAUCCUAUCGUGAAAGACGAUUUAGAUGCUCCGGAAGAAGUACAGCCAGGAGAAGCAGGAGUGAAUGAAUAG